CCUCAAGCCACCAUGGGGAACAGAUAACCGCCCGGCCGUUGUGACACCAUGGGUGCCUGCUUCUGCAAAGGUCACAAAGAGCUCCACCAUCCCAUGACAGCACGGCAGGACCAAAGCGACCACGUACAGUCAUCCUCGGUGAAGAACGGCCAGAAUCCAACCAAUGGCAGUGUGUCGGAUAAAAGCAAUGGCUAUGAUAUCGGCGAGCUUGCCACCUCCUCUUUGAUUGGUCUUGUGGCCACGAUAAAGGAGCGCAUCACCAAGCCGACAGCAAUGGCGCAGGGACGAGUGGCUCACCUGAUCGAGUGGAAGGGCUUGGGCGGUGGAGGCGGCGAGGCCAGAGGAAGCGGGGCCGGUUGGAGCAGCGCUCGGGGGAGAUGCGGCGGGGGCUGGGGGGGGGCAGAGCUGCACGAGGAUGAACAAUUCUACUCCCAGAUGACGGACGAAAUCAAGGAAGCUCGCUUCGCUGCAGGAGUAGCAGAGCAGUUUGCCCUGGCCGAGGCGUCCAUGAACGUGUGGUCCCUGAAUGACGGCCUAGAGCAGCCCUCCUCCAGUUUACAAGCAGCACAGAACCACUUCUUGUCCCAGUUCCUGCUGGAUGGCGGGAGCCUCAGCGUUCCUCAGCACCUGUACAGCAUCCACGCACAGACUUAUGGUGAAAACAGGGCGGCCAACCUGGUCUGUCCGCCAGUGGUCCAGAGCAUUUCCCCCACGUCCAACACCCAGCAGGACAGAGGCUGUCCCUUGGAGGACCGAAGCACUGCGCCCGCGGAGGCUGCUGUCCGGCACGUAGACAGUAGCUCUCUGUCCGAGGAUGAUGUUUUUUAUAACUAGGCUUCCCAGGAAUGCAAGCCAGCAAUCUUGGUGGCAACUUGUAAAAGGAGCACCACUGAGGGGACUUAAGUCCUUUCUAGCAGCGAUGGCUGAUCCAAAACAUAAAGGGAGACAUUUGUGAGGUAUUUCUAUUCCCUCAGGUGGCUGGCCGAGGGUGUUUCAGGGUGUUUCUCCUCCUCUAUGACAAACACUCCAAAUUGUAUUUUUUUCCCAUGUUGAGGCUUGUGCUUUUGUGAAUGUACAUAGUUCCAUUGUUAAUUGAAUUUUUUGUAUUAUUUGUCCUUGAAUAAAAGCAGCCUGAUUAAAGAAAAUG